AUGGCUCCUUCAGCUAUUUCCACCACCCCACCUCCUUCUACGGUGAACGAGGCAUCCUCCAUCACCAGCUAUCGUGGCUAUGACCAUGUUCACUGGUAUGUCGGAAACGCCAAACAGGCUGCGAGUUACUACAUCACCCGUAUGGGGUUCAAGCGUAUUGCCUACCGCGGCCUUGAGACAGGCCACCGCCACAUUUCCUCCCACGUCAUUCGCAACGGUGAUAUCACUUUCAUUCUUACCUCACCUCUCCGGUCUUUGGACCAGAUCGACCGUUUCUCUCCCGAAGAACAAGACCAGCUUCGUGAGAUUCACCAACACCUUGAGCAGCACGGCGAUGCAGUCAAGGAUGUUGCAUUUGAAGUAGAUGAUGUCGAUGCCGUCUUCUUCGCUGCCGUCAAGAAUGGUGCCAAAGCUGUUUAUGCUCCCACUAUUAUCAAAGAUGAGGGUGGCCAGGUGAAGGUUGCGACUAUUCAGACAUAUGGUCAGACUACCCAUACUUUGAUUGAACGCAACCAAUACAAGGGCGCCUUCCUCCCGGGUUAUCGUCUGGAAGCGAAUGUCGAGGACCCUGUUUCGAAGUUCCUGCCCGGAGUGCACCUUAAGCGAAUUGAUCACUGCGUUGGAAAUCAGGACUGGGAUGAAAUGGAUAAGAUCUGUGAAUACUACGAGAAGGCACUCGGUUUCCACCGUUUCUGGUCUGUCGACGACAGCCAAAUCUGCACUGAGUUCUCCGCCUUGAAGAGUGUUGUCAUGUCAUCUCCCAACGAGUUGGUCAAGAUGCCGAUCAACGAGCCUGCCAAGGGAAAGAAGCAGUCACAGAUUGAGGAAUACGUGGACUUUUACAAUGGAGCUGGUGUGCAGCACAUUGCGCUGCUGACUGAUGACAUUAUCCGCGACAUCACCAACUUGAAGGCUCGUGGAGUGGAGUUCAUCAAGGUUCCUGAGACUUACUACACCAAUAUGAAGGCUCGCCUGAAGCAGUCUGGAUUGGUGCUCCACGAGGACUUUGAAACCAUUCGCAGCUUGGAUAUCCUGAUUGACUUUGAUGAGGGUGGCUAUUUACUGCAGCUGUUCACAAAGCAUAUGAUGGAUCGCCCAACUGUGUUCUUAGAGAUUAUUCAACGUCACAACUUCUCGGGCUUCGGCGCAGGAAACUUCAAGUCACUGUUCGAAGCGAUUGAGCGUGAGCAAGAGCUUCGUGGAAACUUGAAUUGA